AUGUCAACCAACUCCGGUUCAACGCCACGACGUCGACAUCGCUCAGCUUUUGCGUGUCAGUUAUGUCGCCAACGGAAAGUACGAUGUAGUCUUUCAGUUACUGGUGUUCCUUGCGCUGGAUGUGCGCAGGACCGGCAGCAAUGUAUCGUCGACCCAAAGAGACGCGACAUUAUUCCUUUAAAUCGCGCGCAAGUGGCUCAAAAUUCUCGUCAGAGCCCCUCUGCUCAGCGCGAAUCUGCUCCCAACGGCAACGACAUUGUCAAGACAUCUUCGCCCGCGGCUUUUGGUCGCACAGAAGACACAAUUAUUUCUCAGCAAACCCAAAUCCCAUCUCCAUGGAACUCUCAAACUAGCGAGAAAGGGUCACUCUCAAGGGAUGAUGUUUUGGAAGAAGAGCGUCAUGGGCUUGAGAUAGCCGAUGCGGCUCUAGGACAACCACAGCGGGUUGGCCAGAGGCCCUUUUACACCGGACACGGCCUCGGUCCAACAUCUGCAUUGGAUAUCUGCCGACCCGAAAAGUCACUAUCAAGACACCUCCUCCUCCCAUCUGGCGUCUCGACUACAGUGUCAGAUGAGGAUCGGCAGUAUCUCCGACAGAAAAAAGUGUACAACUUACCAGGGCAGGAAACCUGUAACAGUCUUGUGCGUGCCUACUUCCACCAUGUGCAUCCUAUCAUACCGGUUAUUGAGGCGGAUGUUCUAUUGAAUUAUCACACCGCGGGCCGAUUGCACGAGUAUAACCUAUUGCUUCUGUGGUGUGUAUUUUUUGUUGCGACGAAUUUUGUCUCACCAGAAAUCUACGAAUUGGAAGGGUAUGCAUCUCGAAAAGAGAUGAAAGCUGCUAUGUACUCCCGCGCAAACUGCAUGUACAACAACGGAGGUGAAAGAGACCAAAUCGUUCUUCUCCAAGCCUCCUUGUUAAUGGGAUUCUGGCAUUCAGAAGUCGACGAACAUACACAACCAUGGUACUGGACAGGCAUUGCAGUCAGCCUCUGCCAGAUGCUGGGCUUACAUCGAGACCCGGACUCGUCCAAGUACAAUUCUUUCAUUUCAGAUCGACAGCGCCAUCUGUGGCGUCGUCUUUGGUGGACCUGCUUCUCCCGAGAUCGCUGGUUGAGCCUGACGUUGGGUAGACCCUUGCGGAUUGAUCUUAAGGACUGUGAUGUGCCGAUGCCAACCCCGGAUGAUCUGCUUAGUGACGUUGAGCACAUUCCUCAGUUUACGUCCUCGUCUUACCUGCCCAGUAAUCUACCACGGUUGGCCAAUUAUUGGAUUACAUAUGUCGAGUUGAGUAGGCUGCUAGGCGCAGUCCUAAUCAUGAACUAUCAGACUCAAAGACCAACGCCGACAUUGUCGCAGGUGGAAGACCUCGAAGCGGAGAUCAUGAGCUGCAAGCUGCCAAAUCAAUACGAACCCGGUCUGACUCGGACAGCACUUUUCUAUUGCUAUCAUCUAGAUCUACACUAUCAGGCGCUUCUAAUCACAUUCUACCGCCCCUUCGGAACCGCAAUCCCAGAAGGUCUCGACCCUUUAUUCCAAGAAAACUGGAAUUACCGCAUGUCCCUCCGAGCUGAUGCAGCCGCCUCUCGAACAAACUUCAUCAUUGAAUCCAUCGCACAGGACGGUCUGCUCGAAUUCGCAGGACCAAUGACACCCCCUCUGCUAGUCCCAGCAAUGCAAAUGCAUCUCCUCCGCUGCAAGAAUGCUGGUCCCCUCCCACGACGUCUCCGACUCAACAAAUUAUAUACCUGCAUGAUCGUUCUAGGCGAACUCCAAAGGACAUAUACAGUAGCCUCAAUAUACCGCGCAAUCUUCGCAAAAGCGAUACAUCAGAUAUUCCCAAAUUUCACUACGAGUACGCUUUUGGCUAGGUCUAUUGGUGAUUUUACUGCCGAUUUUGAUGAUGGUGGUGGUGGCGGUACCGCCGGUGGCGAUGGGGGUACAGAAAUGACAGAUGCGCCUAAUCCUACUGCUACUGCUACUGCCAAUGCGGCUGGCGCUGGCGCUACGACCACGAUUCCCAUGGGCGAAGAAUUAGAAUUCAAUACCGAGACGGCCGAUGAGUUUAUAAAUAUGCUCAUGGAUGAUGAGGCUUCUAUUUUCCAUUUUUGGGAUAUGAAUCAGACGAUUGAGAAUUUUCCUUAUACUGGUGGCGUUGUUUAAUAUUUUACAUUGUCCAUCUUUUUUGUCCCGAUUUAUUCUGUUGAUUUAUUGGUGUUUCUAUUUGAUAGAGGGAUGAUGGGUUUGAUAGAUGGAUGGAUCGGAUAGAUGGGAUGGAGCUGCUAUUAUUAGGUAUUGGUCUAUUUUCCCUUUAUUUUAUUUUCAUCUUAGACAAGAGACAAUACUUCCAAGGUUGAUGAACAAAAUCAGACGACCAUUCUUUAGCUUU